AUUAGCAAAAAAAAAAAACAAAUUGAGACAUUUAUGGCUCUAUACCAAUAUGAGUAUGACCUAGUCAAUACAAUACGUUGACCAUUAAUUUAAGGUUAUAUAUGUACAUACUAUUAUUAGUCACAGAUAGUAGUAUAAAAUACCUUAAAAUAUAGAUGGCAAUAUCUCACAUCUCUACUCACCUCUUUUCCUUUAACAAACUAUUUGAAUAUAAUUUCAAAUUUAAUUGUUAAGGGGAAACUGAGCUCUAAUCAUGACAAAGAUCUCCUUAUUGCUUUUCGUCAUGGCCCUUCUUGCCUCUCUCCACGCUUAUGAAGCUCACCGCAUGGUAAAAUUCGAUGAAGCAAUUGAAAGGGACUUGCACAAAGCCGAGGCCCUCAUCGAGGAAGACUUAAAGGCCACGCAAACGAGCAUUCAAGGUUUGACAUCUGAGAUGAAAACCUUGAGCAAAUCUGAAGAGGUGUUAAAUCAACUUGGAAAAGACUACAGAAAGGAUAUGGAUGUAGCUCCUUAUGGAAAGAAACUCAGAACAUUCAGCAGGGCAGCAAAAAAUGUCACGAAAGCACCACCUGCUAAAAACAAGAAACCUGCAUCCGUGAUCCAAACGAUCUUGAAGGAUUUUGGGCUAAACGGAGGGAGGGAAUGACAAAAAUAAUAAUAAUUAGGGUUUGAUUAAUGUUUUUGAGUGAGUUUAAAGAGGUCUGAACUUGUUCAUGGAGUUUAGCUUAACAAGUGAGGAGCAAAUAAAUUCCCCACAUAGUAUAUACGUUACGUUGCUAUCAUUUUGUAAUUAAUACGAUUAAAUGAACUACUUAUGAUAUCAAAAUAUGUUUCUAUGCGAUUUUUCUUCUUUUUUU